CGAUAUGGACAUUUCGAAUGACUGGUUAUGCCUUUUGGCCUUACGAAUGCCCCGACCAUAUUCCAAGCGGGUAUGACAAUGGACUUCCGACACAUGCUGGAUAGAUUCGUACUCAUCUACCUCGACAACAUCUUGGUGUACAGCCAGAGCUUGGACGAGCAUGUGGAGCACCUGAGCACCGUUUUGGAGAGGCUACGACAAGCCAAGUACAAAGCCAACCGCGACAAAUGUGAAUUCGCGUGGCAAGAGCUGGAGUACUUGGGACAUUAUGUGACGCCGCAAGGCAUCCGUCCGCUUGCGGACAAGAUCCAGGCCAUCUGCGUAUGGCCCGAGCCCACCAGCACCACGAACGUUCGCUUAUUCAAUGGGUUGGCAGACUACUAUCAACGCUUCAUCACAGGGUACUCAAGGAUUGCCGCACCUAUGAUGAGAUUACAAUUGCUGAAGGUGCCAUUCGUAUUCGAUGACGACGCACGGUCAUUCCAAGCACUCAAGACGGCCAUGCUCAUGACACCCGUCCUUAGCAUCUACGACCCCACCCUGCCAACGAGAGUGACAACUGACGCUUCCAGCUAUGGCAUUGGGACAGUUUUGGAACAACAUUACGGUGACGACUGACACCCUGUGAAGUAUUUCAGCCACAAAGUGU